GUUUCCCGCAUCGGAAUUCGCCCUGGACUGGUGGGGCCGCCUGCUCCUGAACCCGCCGAUAUAAAUACCCUGCUCAUCGACACCAUCGGGCUCUGGCAUCGACCACCAUCGAUUCUCUGCUCGCCCCUCUACCGACAAGCCCCCUCCAUUCUCCUCCAUACCCCCCUCCUGUCCUCGCCAGCAUCUGCAUCAUGACCCCUCAGACCUUCUUGUCACAGCCCCAGACGGUGGGAAUCAUCGGCGCCGGCUUCAACGGCGGUCAGCCCCGUGGUGGUGUCGAGCUCGGCCCCGCUCGUCUGGUCGAGCACGGCCUGAUCGACCAACUGAAGGAGCUCGGCUGGAAUGUCGACUUUGACGAAAAGUUCCCCGACUAUGAGCUGCUGCGGCCCCAGACUCCCUCCGUCGGCAAACUCAAGAACGCCCACUUUGUCUCCAAUGUCUGCCAGUCUGUCUUCACCACUGUUCGCGAGCACUGCGAGGCCGGCCGCCUGGCUUUGACCCUUGGCGGCGAUCACUCCAUUGCCAUGGGCACUGUUGCCGGCUCGGCCUCAGUUCACAAGGGACUCGGUGUCAUCUGGGUCGACGCCCAUGCGGAUAUCAACACGCCCGAGACGACCUCCACGGGCAAUCUGCACGGCUGCCCCGUUGCCUUCCUGACGGGCCUUGCUGGCCAGGUCCAGUUCUUUGAGUGGCUCAAGCCCUGUCUGCCCCUGCACCGCAUCGUCUACAUUGGUCUGCGCGACGUCGACGGGCCCGAGAAGAAGAUCCUCAAAGAAAACAACAUCAAGGCCUUCAGCAUGCACGAGGUCGAUCGAUACGGCAUCGGCAAGGUUGUCGAAAUGGCGCUCGACUACCUCGGCCGCGAAUCGCCCAUCCACCUCAGCUUCGACGUCGACGGCCUUGACCCCAGCGUCGUCCCGGCCACGGGCACUCCGGUUCGGGGCGGCCUCUCCUUCCGCGAGGGACACUACAUCUGCGAGGCCAUCCACGAGAUCGGAACUCUGGUCGCUGUCGACUUGAUGGAGGUCAACCCGGCGCUCGCCAACGACAAUCUCUCACUGGCGCAGACCAUUCAGGUUGGAUGCAGCUUGGUCCGGGCCGCUCUUGGCGAGACCCUGCUUUAAUCACGAGCCCCGCCAACUCCUCCCACCGCUGUCAGUCCACAGCCCCGCCUCUCCAUCGCACAUUGUUGCCGCCAUCGCCAUUGCCAUUGCCAUUGCCAUCGCCAUCGCCAUCGCCAUUGCCAUUGCUAUCGCCAUUGCUAUCGCCACCAUCCCCCCCCCCACCUAUACAAAAGAAAUAAAGCGCUCUUUUUGGUUCCAUA